AUUCAAGCCUGCCAUCUACUUGGCCCUCCACUGGUCCCUCUGUCCUGUCCUAAGCCAGGUGACCGCAUCAUAAAGGAAGGCCAGAUACAUACCUUGUCUUAUGUUGAGUUGGGCUGCCAAACCGGAGCUCUCUCAGCUUCAUUUCCUCCCGCAAGCAGCCAUCCUGCCGCCAUUUGUCUUCAGGUCAACCUAAACCUUCUUCGUAUUGGACCCACAUCUGGUGGAGCUGUCCAUCUCGCCAAGACACUUCACCAUCGAUGGGCUUUGCAAAACUUCGAGUCCGAAAGAAGGUCCCGGCUCAAUGUCGUUUUAAGGCCUGGACUCGGCUAUCUUACCGGAGGCUUGGGGAAAGCGUUAAGGGAGACUCUUCAUGCGACUGGCAGAGCCGAUCUUGACGUCACUCUUCCCGUUUGCUCGGCAGCCCAAAUGCCCGAUGGAUAUUGGUCACAUCUACUAAGUCUUACCAGUUUUCCCCAAUUUGAGGACCAGUUGCAUCUUAUUUGGUUGGCUAACUCCACUUCCAGACAGCUGAUUUUGGCAUGGCAGUUGAAUCGAGAUACGGGGUUUAAUAGACUCUUGUCCAUCCGAACUGGCGAGCAUCCCAACUUCAAUGAGGUAUCUUGA